AUGCAUAAAAUUUUGCAUGUUGGCCCAGACACCUGUUCGGUAGUUUCUAAAUUGCUUAAAGAGGAGGAAACUAAAGCAUGGGGCGUGGAACCAUAUGAUAUAGAGGAUGCAGAUACUAACUGCAAAGCUCUUGUCCGCAAAGGCGUUGUGCAUGUAGCUGAUAUCAAGUUUCCUCUUCCAUAUAGGCCAAAAUCGUUUUCCCUUGUAAUUGUUUCAGAUGCUCUGGAUUACUUAUCUCCAAGAUAUCUCAACAAGACCCUUCCUGAUUUGGCAAGAGUAUCAGCUGAUGGUCUUGCGAUAUUUACAGGAUUUUCUUUCUAG